AUCGCCAUGCACAGCAACUGAAUUUUUCUACUGGACAUCACUAUAAACUUAACAAUGAAAUACAUUUUGGUAAUUGCUCUUGGACUGCUUGCCACAGCGACACUGUGUAGUUCACAAUGUUCCCGUUUAUCACAAGACAAGGAAAAGACUGGUGAAGGCUGUAUUGAUGAGAAGGAUGUACACCAUCAAUUGGGAUCUUCAUGGAUGAGCAAAUGCUUUAAAUGUACUUGUUAUGAAGAAUAUAUCAACUGCUGUAAUACGGCUGUAAUUCCAACAGGAUAUGAUGAUGACUGUGAAACCAUUUUGAAUGAAAAAACAUGCACUUACAGUGUUGUUAAAAAGAAUGAUCACAGCAAAACCUGCCCAUAUUCAGGAGCUAUACUUAAAUAAAGAUAGUACUAUAUCAAUUAAAUGUCUGCUUACAUAGACAGAUGAUCUUUUGAAAUGGAAACCUAAUGACUUAUUAAGCUACAAUUAAUUCAACAAAGCAGUGAGUGUAAAGGUAUAAUUGUCUCUUCUUUCUGCAAGGUUGUGUGACUCAGAGUUAGUGUGUUUUAAGUUAGAGGGGUGGUGGGCACAUUGCACGCAUGGCAUAAUUUGUUGACAGAAUUUUGCAUUCAUUGUUUUGUUGCUGUAAAGUUGUGAAGAUCUGCAGCUUAGUAACAUGAUAGAAAGUCCCUCACUUAAUAUUAUACACUGAUUUGCUUAUACUCAGGAUGUUCCAACACUGUAAAUGCUUUCUAUUUUCAAACUAUUUAGGGAUGCGCAAACAUACUCUAUUUCCUUAUGGUUGGCAGUAAAUAGUGAAAAUAAUUUUUUUGAUUUACAAAUGUAAUACCUGAGUGUCAAAACAAAAGAAAAACUAUAAUGUGUGAAUAAUUUUACUUGGCAAAAUAUACUUAUAAAACAGAGGCUGCCUAAUGACUGAAACUGAAUGCUGUUAUAAAACAUACUUUUUCAUGGAAAAGAAAUGUAUAUAAAACAUUAGCCAAACAUAAUUGUAUGCAUUUUAUGUUUUA